UUUGUUUCUUAAAUAACUUAUUUUCAUUUCACAGAGGUUAGUUACUUGGGAUAGUGAGCAGUUCAGUGAUGAACAAAUAAAAGCCGGUUAUCUAAAGUAUUUGAAAAAACAAGCCUACUCCAAAAUCAUGACUCGAUUAAGGUAGUAAAAUAAAUGCUUCAUAUUUGUUUGAAUAUUCAUUUUUUCUGUCAACAUACAUGGUUUACUUCAUUUGUUUAUCUAACUAAUUCAAACUUUCAAGGAAAACUCGACCUCCAACUGUGAAUGAUUUCACUUGGUCUGUUGUUGAAGAAUUUAAGAAGUCUAUACAGUUUGUCAAGGCAUCAAAGUCUGGUAAAAAAAUCGCAUUGCAGGUGGAGAUAGGUGUAAGCAAUACGGAGGGUCUCAAUCCGCUAUUGAUUUAGCUACACAAGAGUUGAGAGCCACUGGCAAACACAUAAAUCCCGUGAAGAUGUAUGGUAUUUAUCAUCCAGAGAAAAGGAAGAAUGGAGAGCUUAUUACUUGUCCCUCACAAAAUGUGGUGAAGGAUGCUUUGAGUAAAUUGUAUAAUGCUUGUCAAGAUGAUUUCCAACAACAGUCUCAGCCUUCAAGUCAAGAAGAAAGUUCAACAACACCCAAGAUCUCAUCAACUAAAUUGUCUUCCAAAUACUUGGAAGUUGUUGGGUGCAAAAAGAUGAGAGUUGGUGGACUUGGCAGCUAUUCAGAAGCUUUCCUUCAUCAUGUAAAUGAGUCAAGUACAGAACGUUUGUCUUCAAGAGCUCGCCGGAUGCGUGAAUUUUGUGUUUAUUGGGAUGCACGCAUGAGGGAGGUGUUAAUUUCAGAGGGUGAUGAAGCCCCCCCAGUUAUGCCAAUUGUAGAUGAUCUUGUUCAAGACGAGGAGCCCGAUUCACAGCCUAAGAACUUUGAACAAACAUGGCUUCCAUUUUUAAAAUCAAUAGGGAUUGAUGCGCCCACUUUCUUUGCAACAUCGGAAUCCUCUAGAGACUCGGGAGACAGUCUUGAUGAAUCAUGUUCUCAUUAGUUUGUCAUUAGAUUCGUGUUAAGUUUAAUUUUACUAUCUCGUUUCUAUUUCAAGUUGUUAAAUUUCACUAUGAAUUGAUUAAUGAUGAAUGUUUUUAUUUCUUAGCAAGUUUUGGACCAAAGUAUGUAAUAUAAUAUGUGUUGAAU